AAUGCAAUCAUGGUACUAAAUGAAAUAAAAGCUGGAGUCCAAUUCACAUUCCCUGAAACACAAGGACCUAUGCCGAACUCACUUUAUCUCGUUAAUGCUAAACUUAAUGGCAAAACUUAUGUUGGACAAGGUUUAUCUAAAUCACUUGCUCGCCAAAAUGCAGCUGAAAAUGCAUUAAAGGCUUUAUUUCUUGAAAAAAUGACAGCAGCAUCUUUGAAAGCACAUAUGGAUGCUAAAUCAGAUGGACAAACCAAUCCACUUUUGGUGGAUGGAAUAAAAGAAAUAAUGGACGAUAAUAACGCUAUGGAUGCGACUACUGAGGAUGAGAUUCCAUGGAGUUCAUUGACCAGUUUCGCACUUUAUAAACUUUUUCUUGAAUGGCGUAAUCAGGGAACAUCAGUUCCAGUCCCACUACCUGAUUUACCGACUGCAAAAGGAAUCAAGAAAGAAAAUUUUAAUGCUAAAACUCCUACUCAAAAGGAACUUCCACCCAGUCCUACAAACAUACAUCCAGUUACAUUACUGAAUAAAAUGAGACCUGAAUUAACAUAUACAGAGCUGGAUCGUGUCGGUAAUCCAUCAAAUACUAUGUUUACUCUGGCUGUUGAAAUUGGUGGAGUUGAAUAUUCAGGAACUGCUAGAAACAAAAAAGAUGCAAAA